AUGUCAGCGGCAUCCGAGGAGCAGAUCCGUCCGGGAUGCUCGAUACACGAUGUACAGUUCAUGUACAUGUCCCCGAAGGAGAUUCAGGAUAUAUCUGUUAAGGAAAUCACAGAGGUUGCUGCUUUCGGCAACCUGGCGGGUGCCCCCUUGCCCGACGGUUUAUACGACCCCGCAUUGGGACCCCUCCAUAUUGGCGAUCUGUGCAAAACCUGUGGCCUGGGGGUCCACGACUGUCCUGGUCAUUUAGGUCACAUUAAGCUCGCUACUGAUGUGUACAAUCCGUUCCUCAUACGAACAUUGUACAAUGUGUUGCGUAGAAUGUGCACUUCUUGCAAUCACUUCCGUGUCCGCGAGGCUGUAACUCAGAGAUAUUGCGAUCGAUUCAAGCUCAUCCUUGCUGGUCUUGAACCCGAGUCUCAUGAUGUUGUCAUGGAGCCUUGCGACGAGAAAACUAAAUCGGCGAUGGAGAGGGAUAUGACCUCAGAUCCCAAUGCGGACAGCCGAGAGGCAUUCGUUGAGCAUGCUAGUUAUGAGGAUGGCUCAUCGUCUUACGUACCGUACAUCAUGGGGCAUGGUGAGGAACAGAACAGGGUCAAAGCUUUGGUCAAACAGCUGGGCCUAGCCCAUAAUGAGGUUAAUGAUAACCUCGAGAAACUAGUUGCGAAGAACACUAGCUGGGGCAUAAGUAGCUCAGGUGAGAUACAAGCCUGGAACGACCUGGUGGCGGAGUUCGAGAAUGAGGUCUCUGUUGCAGUAUGCCCCAACUGCAAGGCUAAGUCGGAGCUUUUCCGCGUUGAUGGAUAUAACAAGAUCUUCCGGAAGCUUCGAGGCAAGGCCGCUGAGAAGUUCGUCACUCCAACUUACGUACGCAACCUCCUCCACAAGCUGUGGCGUGAGGAGAGGCAGGUCCUCGAGUUCUUGUUCCCGGCCUCGGUCGGUCGUGGAGAGGAUAUCUUCUUCAUGCAGAAUAUUGUGGUACCGCCUAAUAAGCUCAGACCUCUACGUUUUGGUGGUGACAGUGAUGACAAUCAAGGAUUCUUACCGGCCUCCACGGUCUGUUUGAAGAACAUCCUAGAGUCGAAUCUCCUACUCAAACAGCUGCUUGAGACGGAUCAGGAGGCUGUGGAGAACCCAAAUGAGAGGGAGAAGGCUGGCGAUGCCUUGCCGAACCUCAUAUCGGAUGAGGAUGAGACUAUGAAGCCUGUUGACAACACUCCUCAGAGAGGGCCUAUGACCACUCUUGGAACUGCACUCAUUGACUUGCAGAAUAACGUAAAUAACUAUCUAGAUUCUGCUAAGAGCGGCAAGGCCCAGAACAAGGUCGUGGCAUUUGGUGUACGACAGCUUCUUGAGAGGAAGCAGGGUCUAUUCAGAAUGAAGAUGAUGGGCAAGCGUGUUAAUUACGCUGCUCGUAGUGUUAUCAGUCCGGAUGUCUCUCUGGAGACUAACCAGAUUGGUCUCCCCAUGUUCGCGGCUCUACAGCUGACUGUGCCCGAGCCGGUCAACUCCUUUAACGUAGACUACCUGCGGGCGUUGGUGGAGAAUGGUCCCGAUAAGUACCCAGGCGCCGCUGCUGUAGUGUUCCCGGAUGGCAAGCUGGUGUCACUGAAGGGUCGACAACCUCAUCAAAGGAAGGCUAUUGCUAGGAGUCUAUAUCAGAGUACCAACCCAGAUAAGAAGCCUAGAGUGGUGCUCAGGCAUGUUAGAGAUGGCGAUCCUCUGCUGGUGAAUCGUCAGCCCACCUUGCAUAAGCCAGGCAUUAUGGCUCUGUUCGUGAAGGUACUCAGUAAGGAGAAGACCAUCCGAAUGCAUUACUCCAACUGUAACACAUUCAAUGCCGAUUUCGAUGGUGAUGAGAUCAACUUGCAUUGUCCUCAAGACUCUAAUGCCAGAGCUGAAGCCAUCUAUAUAGCCUCUGCCGAUCACCAGUAUCUGGGGCCUACCUCUGGCAAGCCCCUUCGUGGUCUCAUCCAGGAUCAUGUUGUCUCUGGUGUAUUCCUUACUGCAAGGGAUCACUUCAUGAGGAAGACCGAAGUCCAGAAUCUCAUCUACACUGCCAUGCGAGCCGCUAUAGAAGGCGACACCUCGGGCAUUGGUAGUGUCAAAUCUAGAGGGCAGGUGACCAAGCUUACCACCCCUGCUGGGGUGCCCAAGGACUUCAGAAUUGUCAUGGAGCCUCCAGUCAUCGUAAAGCCACAGACAUUGUGGACAGGAAAGCAGGUCAUCACCAUCUUCCUCAAGAGUCUUAUUAAGUUCGCUACUCACAGUACGGAUAAAGCCAUCGUCAAUGGCUUUAAUCACCAUGCUAAGGCCAAGACCCCUGGCGAUCUCUGGGGUGGUGUCAGUGAUGGUAACAAGGAGGAGCAGAUGGUCACUAUUAGAGAUACUGAGCUCAUAGAGGGUGUCCUGGAUAAGGCAUCCUUUGGUGCUACUGCUAAUGGUCUUACACAUCUCUUCUAUGAGCUGUGUGGUCCUAAGGCUGCUGGACUACUACUCACUGGUAUGGGUAGGAUGCUCACCCUCUACCUCCAGUACCAUGGCUUCACUUGUGCUAUGCGGGAUCUUCUUAUCACUCCUGAGGGUGACGAGGCAAGGUUGCAGAUGUUGAGGAAGGCUAGGGAAGACUCCUGGAAUAAGAUCAGAGAUUGGGUGAAAGAGAAUAGCCCGGAGGAAGCUAACGUCAAGACUCUACAUAAACUCCAGAAGGAGAUAGGUAAGUUGUAUGCAGCGGACCCUAAGGUUCAACACCCCAUGUUCGAAGAGUUGGAGGAAACGAUGCUGUCCACCAAUAGGGAUUACUGGGGAAAACUCAUUGACAUCCUAUUCCCUAAGGGCCAGGUGUCUCCAUUCCCGGAUAACUGUUUCUCGGCUAUGGUCAGCACAGGUGCUAAGGGUUCGAAGGUGAAUCACUCAAUGAUUGACGCCAUGUUGGGCCAGCAGGAACUGGAGGGACAUCGUGCUCCUCGUAUGAGGAAUCAGCGAUUCCUUCCCAGUUUUGCCCAGUAUGAUAUCGGCCCGAGAGCUGGUGGUUACAUUACCGACAGAUUCCUGACUGGAUAUCGACCACAAGAGUUCUUCUACCAUUGUAUGGCUGGUAGAGAGGGCCUUGUUGAUACUGCUGUGAAGACAGCAAGAUCUGGAUACUUACAGAGAUGUUUGGUGAAGAACUUGGAGGGUAUUACUAUCAACUAUGACUACACUGUUCGGGAUACUGACUCAUCGAUCGUCGAGUUCCUUUAUGGUGAGGAUGGUAUGGAUGUGACCAAGGUCAGCCAUUUGGAACAAUUCGAUGUGUUGGAUGAGAACUCUGCCUUCAUGGCCAAGAGUGCUGCUGUCGCUAAGGAGGAGGCUAAGAUGGAGAGCAACUUGCCGGCCCUUUAUCGGAAGUGGGCGGAGAAGCCUCAGAGUGGCCGAAGGACCAAGGACCUCGUGAAGGAGGUUAAUGCUAGCGAUAAGCUGCGAGACGAGGAGAAGGAGCACAUCGCGUUUGUGGUGAAGGAUACUCAUACGAACGGAGGCAAGGCUCCUCCUAUGAACAGCAUGCUACCCCCAUGGAGGUUCACUGGUGCUAUGUCCGAGCGAGAGGAGAAUGCAUUGACGGAGUAUCUCUCCCAUAGACCGGAGGAGUUGGAGAAGAAGAUGCCCACUGAGGAGUUCCGUGAUGUUAUCAUGCAUAAAUACGCUAGGACCCUCGCGGAUCCCGGUGAGGCUGUUGGUACCUUGGCUGCUCAGGGUAUGGGAGAGCCCUCUACCCAGAUGACCCUGAAUACCUUCCAUCUUGCUGGUCAUGGUGGUGUUAACGUCACAUUGGGUAUCCCUCGACUGAGGGAGAUCGUACAGACCGCAUCUCGCCACCUGGAAACCCCUGCUAUGGAAUUCCCUGUGCUCGGGGGAGUUAAGGUUGCGGAGGAGCUUAAGGGUAAGAUGACACGAGUGUCUCUGAAGGACGUGGUUGUGGCGACCCACGUGUUGGAGUCGGUAACUGCGGCCCAGCCUAGUGGGGAGACCAUGCGAACCUACGAGCUUGUGGUUGAACUGGUUGACCCCGUUAUGAUCCAGAAAGCAUAUCCUAGCUUGUCACAGACAGCCAUUGCUCACUUCCUGGACCAUGACUUCCGAGAUAAGCUUAACUCAAAUCUCAAGAAGUUCAUCAAGAUAUCUGAGAGCACAUCUACGAUCACAUCACGUAAGGCCCAGCAAGAGGAGGGAGCAGCUGAUGUGUUCAAUGAGAUUCCCGAGGAUGAGAAUAAUGCUGAGCAGAAGGAUCAAGGCGAUGAAAGCCAGAAUGUCACACGUACACUAGCCCAGCGUGCCCGAGCUACCGAUGAGGAGAGGGAGGCCGAGCUUGAUAGGAUGGAGGCUGCUAGCGAUGCCGAUGAUGCUGAUGAAGGACAGUAUGAUGACCCUGUUGAUGACGCAGCAGCAGGUGAUGAUGAUAAGAAGGAUGAUGUAGUAGAGGAGUGGUAUGAUGUGGUGCAAGUGGCAUUAUCUCAGGAUGAGGCCGAGGAGGACAACGAGACUCCCGCAGCUGAGGAAGGCACUCAAGGGCCUGCUCUCGGAGGGCAGACUACUGCUGAGGAGUAUCAGGUCUCCAAGACUAAGAACUCGACUGAAGUCAUCUUCAACAAGUCUGGACGUCUAUACGGCCCGAAGUUCGUUCUCCGUUCCCGACCACUUGAGCUCUCCCAGGGCAUCUCUCGGAAGAUUCUCAUCCUGGAGGCUGUCGCAGAUCUCUGCUCUGAUCUAUACAUCCAGCAGACCCCUGGCAUCACCAGCGUCCAUGUGGUGGAGCCCCGUCCUGGUCAGUCAGAUAAGGUCACGAUUGAGACUGAAGGUGUUAACCUCGAUAUUGCAUGGGGCCUUGAUGGCAUCGACCAUGACCGCAUAGUCACCAAUGAUAUCGGUCUUAUCUUGGAUCGGUAUGGUGUAGAGGCGGCACGUGCGGCUAUAGUCCAAGAGGUGCUCCGAGUGUUCGGUCACUACGGCAUCGGUGUCGACCCCAGGCAUUUGAUGCUCAUCUCUGACUACAUGACUCAUCAUGGAGGGUUCCGUCCCUUCAGCCGUAGAGGUAUGGAGGCCCACGCAUCCCCAUGGCUGCAGAUGACAUUCGAGACUAGUGUUAACUUCCUCACUAAGGCCUGUAACAAUGCACAGUAUGAUACCUUGAAGAGUCCAGCUGGGUCCAUCAUCGUCGGCAAGCAGGCCAGUGUUGGUACUGGAUGCUUCGAUCUACGUAUGGAGAUGCCCAAGAGUGUACGGGGACUUGCUAAGGAUGAGCUGACUACUCAGGUCAAGAAGCCGAAGAAGGAAUUCGUCUUCGCGUGAUAUAUAUGGGAGGUCGGCCAGUGGUGUUGUGAAGGUCGAUAACGUAUUUACCAAGAGAGCUCCGAUUAUGCUCGCUACUUCACGCUAU